CAAUUCUUCUCCAAGUUUCCUCCUCCUCACUCUGCUUUCACACCCAAAUUCCUUUCCUUUUGAAAACCUUUUUAUCAAAUUUCCAUCUUCCACCCAAAACCACCACAAAUAAAUAAAUAAAUAAAUAUAAUCAUAAAUCAAGUAGCGUCGUAUGGCUACUACAGUCAUGAUUCGUCGGACAGCCGCAACCAAGCUCACUAAAUCCGCUCUUAUUCUUCUUCUCGACGGCUCUCAAUCACGCUUCCGUUUCUCAUCUCUCGCUCCUGACUCCCACAUUUUAUCAUCCAAUUAUCAUGCCGCCAGACAUGUCUCCCCCAACCAUAUACUUGUACCUAAUGUCGGACCUAACAGCAACAGCAGCAGGAGUACGAUGAUGAUGUCUUUCUCAAACCCUACUACUCGGCGCCUUUUUUCCACUUGUACUGAUUCAUCUAAUCAGUUCAAUGAUAAAAACUACACUGAGAUGGCGUGGGAGGGGAUUGUUGGUGCCGUAGAGGCGGCACGAGGCAGCAAACAACAAAUUGUGGAGUCUGAGCAUUUAAUGAAAGCCCUUUUGGAGCAAAAAGACGGUUUAGCAAGACGAAUACUAACAAAGGCCGGUUUAGAUAACUCAUCGGUUCUGCAAGCUACAAAUAACUUUAUAGCUCAACAGCCAACGGUCAGUGAUGCAAGUGCCCCUAGAUUAGGCCCGCAUUUGAAUACUUUGUUGGAAAAUGCAAGAAAAUUCAAGAAAGAAAUGGGGGAUGAUUUUGUUUCUGUGGAACAUCUUGUGUUGGCUUUCCUUUCGGAUAAGAGAUUUGGGAAGCAAUUGUUCACAAACCUGCAGCUGAGUGAGCAAUCGUUAAAGGAAGCUGUUCAAGCUGUCCGUGGAAAUCAGAAAGUAACUGAUCAAAACCCUGAGGGUAAAUACCAGGCACUGGAAAAAUAUGGUAAUGACUUGACUGAACUUGCUAGAAAGGGUAAACUUGACCCAGUGAUAGGCCGGGAUGAUGAAAUCAGGCGGUGCAUUCAGAUAUUGUCUAGAAGAACAAAAAAUAACCCUGUUAUCAUUGGUGAGCCUGGUGUCGGGAAAACUGCAAUUGCUGAAGGAUUAGCUCAAAGAAUCGUACGUGGAGAUGUCCCCGAGCCUCUCAAGAAUCGUAAGGUGAUUUCCCUUGAUAUGGGCUCAUUGCUUGCUGGUGCUAAAUUCCGAGGAGAUUUUGAGGAGCGGCUUAAAGCUGUUCUUAAAGAGGUCACUGCCUCCAAUGGCCAAAUUGUUUUAUUCAUCGAUGAAAUUCAUACCGUUGUUGGUGCUGGAGCUGCUGGUGGAGCAAUGGAUGCUGGAAAUUUAUUAAAACCAAUGCUUGGUCGGGGUGAACUUCGAUGUAUUGGAGCUACAACAUUAAAUGAAUACAGAAAAUACAUUGAAAAGGACCCUGCUUUGGAACGUAGGUUUCAACAAGUCUUUUGUGAUCAACCGUCUGUUGAGGACACAAUAUCCAUUCUUCGUGGACUGCGUGAGCGGUAUGAAUUACAUCAUGGUGUUAAAAUAUCUGAUGGUGCCCUCGUUUCUGCUGCUGUUCUUGCGGAUCGAUACAUAACUGAGCGCUUCUUGCCUGACAAAGCAAUUGAUCUGGUAGACGAAUCUGCUGCAAAACUUAAAAUGGAGAUUACAUCUAAGCCCACUGAGUUGGACGAGAUUGAUCGAGCUGUGCUGAAGCUCGAGAUGGAGAAACUAUCUCUCAAAAACGACACUGAUAAAGCAUCGAAGGAACGAUUGACCAAACUGGAAAGUGAUUUAGAAUCUUUGAAACAAAAACAGAAAGAGUUAAAUGAUCAGUGGGAAAGUGAAAAGGCGCUGAUAACCCGCAUAAGGUCCAUCAAGGAGGAGAUUGAUAGGGUAAACCAAGAAAUGGAAGCAGCUGAACGUGAUUAUGAUCUGAACCGUGCGGCUGAACUCAAAUAUGGAACAUUAAUGAAUCUUCAACGCCAGUUAGUUGAAGCCGAGAAAAAUCUUUCUGACUAUCAGCAUUCUGGGAAAUCUUUGUUGCGUGAAGAAGUUACCGAUAUUGACAUUGCUGAAAUUGUUAGCAAAUGGACGGGAAUACCCUUAUCAAAUCUCCAACAGUCAGAGAGAGAUAAACUUGUGUCACUUGAAAAUGUUCUGCAUAAGAGAGUUGUUGGUCAAGAUAUGGCAGUCAAAUCUGUUGCAGACGCAAUACGACGCUCACGAGCAGGACUCUCUGAUCCAAACAAGCCAAUAGCUAGUUUCAUGUUCAUGGGCCCAACGGGUGUCGGAAAGACCGAGCUUGGGAAGGCCCUGGCCAGUUACCUCUUCAACACAGAGAAUGCUCUUGUGAGGAUUGAUAUGAGUGAGUAUAUGGAAAAACAUGCUGUCUCGAGAUUAGUUGGCGCGCCACCCGGCUAUGUUGGAUAUGAAGAAGGUGGUCAACUUACUGAGGCGGUGCGUCGGAGGCCAUACUCUGUCGUUCUUUUUGAUGAAAUUGAGAAGGCACAUCAUGAUGUGUUCAACAUUCUGCUACAAUUGUUAGAUGAUGGACGAAUAACCGAUUCACAAGGAAGGAGAGUUAGCUUUACAAAUACGGUGGUUAUAAUGACAUCUAACAUUGGGUCACAUUAUAUAUUGGAUACCCUUCAGAGUACCCAUGAUAGCAAGGACGCGGUUUAUGAUUUAAUGAAAAGGCAGGUUGUUGAAUUGGCUAGGAAGACCUUUCGGCCAGAGUUCAUGAAUAGGAUUGAUGAAUAUAUCGUUUUCCAACCACUUGAUGCAUCACAAAUCAGACAUAUUGUUGAGAUUCAGUUGAAUCGUGUGAAAGGCAGGCUGAAACAGAAAAAAAUCGACCUUCAUUUUACCAAGGAAGCUACUGACAUACUUGGGAAACUUGGGUUUGACCCCAACUUUGGAGCAAGGCCGGUCAAGAGAGUUAUUCAGCAGAUGGUUGAAAAUGAGAUUUCUAUGGGGAUAUUAAGAGGAGACUUUAAUGAAGAUGAUACUAUAAUUGUGGAAGCUUCCUCGUCAGCCAAGGAUGGUGUGCAGAUUAGGAAACUAGAGAGCCAAGCGGGAGUGGAGGACAUGGUUGCGAAUAAUUAAUCCAUGUGAGUUGUUUAUAAAUGGAACAUACUUGUAGUUUUGGUCUUUUUUCCUGUUGGCAACAUUAUCUACAGAUGCGUUCUUUCUUCAUUGAUUUCGUUAGAUUAAUGUUAGAGCCAUAUAUAGGGUAUAUAAUAAUAUAAUGAAGCAAGUUACUGAACCAA